AUGGAACAUUUUGGUCUAUCACAUAUUUUAUUCGAGCCAGAUAAAUAUAGUCCAGAUACGUUGGACUUAUUAGCUGAUGAAGAAGCCAGAGAAUAUUGGCUAAAUACGUGUGAAAAACUUGUUGAGAAAUAUGUAAAUUUUGCUCUUUCUAAUAAUGAAGAUCCGACUGUUGAAAUAAGAGCUUUAAAAUUUAAAACUUGUUACGUUGAGGCUUUGAAAGAGCUUCGAGUUAAUCCACUAGCUCAUGGACAGUUGACGAUACGAUUACUUCUCGACGUCAACGAGACUUGCCUUCGUUCUCAGGGAUUUUUUGACCUAUGGAAACAACAGAAAAAGUAUGAAAAUGAAACUGCUCUUGCCAGUCUGUCAGCUAGGUUAUCAGAGUUGGAUGCAUUACCUGAUAAUAGACAAAGAUGGACCGAAUUAUGCAGAGGUGUUUUAGCUGGUAACAUGUUUGAUUGGGGUGCCCAGGCUGUUACUUCCAUUUUAAAUUGUGGGCUCUAUGAAGCCCUACAGAAGAUACAAAAAAGACCUUGGUUAUAUGAUGGUUUAGAUAAAUGGAUUGAGAAAUUAGAGACAACAGUUCAUCACUGUGCUGCUGUUUUUGUAGAUAACAGUGGUGUUGAUAUUGUUUUGGGAAUACUACCAUUUGUAAGGGCUUUGUUACUAAGAGGCACAUCUGUAAUAUUAUGUGCUAAUGAGUGGCCAGCUCUAAAUGAUGUUACCAAUGUUGAGUUGCAAGAAGUACUUCAACAUGCAUCUCAGAUUUGUCCAGUUUUAGCUGCCGCAAUGGCUACUGGUGAUUUAGUUGUUAGGUCUAAUGGACAAAGAGGCCCUUGCCUUGACUUUAGAACAGUCAGUGUAGAUCUUUGCACUGAAAUGAAGAUGCGUGGAGUAGACUUAAUUAUAUUAGAGGGUAUGGGGAGAGCUCUACAUACAAAUUUAAAUGCCCGUCUUGCUGUAGAUUCACUCAAACUGGCUGUAGUAAAGAAUGCAUGGCUCGCUCAGAGACUAGGUGGUCCACUGUUUUCAGUGAUUUUUAUAUAUGAAGAAAAACCUUUAGUAACAUAA